AUGGGUGAAAAACAACUGCCAUUGAGAUCGUCGACCCGACGAGCUGCUGCCGCGAAUCGCAUUCGCGGGCCUCAAUCGGCCCUCACGGAUUUCCUUGCAUCUCACAAUAUUUCGGCGCACCAGAUUCAACAAGACUACCAACGUCGUCUAGAAGAGGCUCAGCGGCAAGAGCAAGAAAAUGCCAACCACGCCGCGCAAGACAAUGAGCAUGAGUCUGAUGAUGCUGAGGAAGACCCAGUCGAGCGCACGAAGCGCAAGAGAAAAGAGGAGAUGGCUUUGAUGAAAAUCAAGCAGAGCAAAGAAUUCAAGCGCCGCAAGUAUCUUCAGCAAAAGAACCGCGGAAGUGACUAUGAAGACGACGAGGGAGAAGAUGAUGCUCUGGCUCGAGGCAUGCUUGAAAAAUCAAAACCGCUACCUGGCCAACUUGAGAACUGUGAGAUAUGCGGAAAGAGAUUCACUGUGACGCCAUACAGCAAGACGGGCCCAGAUGGUGGUCUGCUGUGCACUAAAUGUUCCAAAGAGCUCAAGGAUGAGGAGAAGAAGGAGGCGCAGGCCAAGAAGAAAAGGGCCUCCAUUCCACGAGGUCGUCGUCGACAAGCUGAAAGCGAUCGACUGAUGGGAGAUGUCAAACCCGGUGCUAAAAGUCUCGUGGAUGUCUGUGUCCGUCGAGUUGCCAAUGUCGUCCAUGACAUCGAAGAAUUUGGUGACAUGCCCCAGAAUCUGCUUGACCGGUUGAGCCAGAUUCUUUCCAAACAGCGAGUGCUCACACCUCGAGUUCUGGAGCUUUUCCUGCGCCCUGACGUCGAUCGUAUUGCAAUUUACGACUGUGGCAAGCUCGAAGAGGAAGAUUUCCAAAAGAUCUUUGCAUACAUGCCUCAGGUAGAAAUCGUCAACUUGCGGUUUGCAGGCCAACUGAAGGAUAAACCGUUGCUCUACAUGGUGGAUAAAUGCAAGAAGAUCCGUCAUUUGCAACUAGGUGCGACAAAUCUUGUCUCUGACACUGCAUGGGUGGAAUUGUUUCGCAAACUGGGUCCUCAGCUAGAAAGCCUGAAGUUAUCAGAGCUCAAUGACUCUUUGAAAGAUGAUACGGUGAAAGAAUUGGCGAAGCACUGCCAGAACCUGAAACGACUCAAGUUGAGAUCUUGUUCAUACAUGGGAGAAGAGUCAAUUCACUCUCUCUGCGCGCUGACCAAACUUGAGCACUUGACUCUCGGCGUUGCUCAACAAGAGACUUCAUUUGUCACUUUGGUUCAGCUCAUCUCGAUUCUCGGCCACAAUCUACGAACACUAUGUCUAGAAGACUUCUCCAAUCUGGACGAUGCCGUACUCGAGGCGAUCAAGAACCACUGUAAUAAAUUGACCAAACUUCGCAUCCGUGGAAGCAGUCUCUGUUCCGACCGCGCCUUCGCCGAACUCUUCGACAACAACUCCCCUAUUCCCCCGCUCGUGUACGCCGACCUGUCCGACAACCGAGACGUUGACAACAUGAAUCCGGACGGAGACGUUGACGACCCAAUUGGUUUCGGCUCGACCGCAUUGGCCAGCCUCAUGAAUCACUCUGGCAAGCGCCUCCAACGACUGAAUCUUAAAGCGAAUCGACACAUCUCUCACGAAGCGCUGAUGGAGGUCUUUGAUGGCGAGAAGAAAUACGCGUUUCUGCAGGACAUGGACCUGUCGUUCGUGACGCAAGUUGACGAGGUCGUUAUGGCGGGUAUUUUCAAGAGCUGCCCGGCCCUCUCCAAGCUGGCUGUCUUCGCUUGUUUCAAUGCCAGAGGGACCCGCAUCCCUGCUGGAGUUGCGGUGAUUGGACUACCAAAUGCGCAGGAUAAUAUUGUCGUUGAAGGUGACGUGGUGAUGGACUUGUAA